CGCCCCCUCCCCCUCCCCACGGUCCCAGUCGGCCCCGUUCAGCUCCACCUUCUCACCUCACUCAUCUUGGGACCUGACCCUUUUUGGAAGUUUAAAGUGAACUUACUGUAGGCUCUCAUGUGUGAAUGUAAGUGCAGUGCAUCAUUACUCUAAGGACCUCACCAACAGGAAGUUACAGUUUUCACCAUCAGCUGACCUUAUCCCUAUUGGUGUGGUUUUGUUCCUCAAAGAGUGGAAACCCCUUUCUUUCAACUUGCUUUUGUUGCAAAAGCAAAUGGCCAAUAGUGGCUUUGGCAGAAAAUCCACACAGUGCCCCAACUGUUCAUCUGCUUCUAAGAAAGGUGGACUUUGUGUAUGUGCCUGUAAAACAAAGCUUUCUCCAAUUUCUGUGGUGGAAAUAUCCCAAGCAUCAAAUAUUGGCAGCUCAGAAUUUAUGGUUUUACCAGGGAGAAAAAAAGAAAACCAAACCAGCAUAGAUAUGGCCUCUGGGAAAGAUAUGCCCUCAAAAACCUCAAAUAUGGAGAGAAAAACAUCUCAACAACAAUGGAAUCGGGGCAACAAUACAGAAGGAAAAGUUCCUCACAUUAGGAUGGACAAUGGAGCUGCUAUUCAGGAAUUCUAUACCUUUGGAAGAAUAUUGGGACAGGGGAGCUUUGGAAUGGUCAUUGAAGCUAUAGACAAGGAAACAAAAACUAAGUGGGCAAUUAAAAAAGUGAACAAAGACAAGGCUGGAAGCUCUGCUGUGAAGUUACUUGAACGGGAGGUGAACAUCCUAAAAAGUGUGAAACAUGAACACAUUAUACAUCUGGAACAAGUGUUUGAGACGCCUAAGAAAAUGUACCUGGUGAUGGAGCUUUGUGAGGAUGGAGAACUCAAAGAAAUACUGGAUAGGAAAGGGCAUUUUUCAGAGAAUGAGACAAGAUGGAUCAUUCAAAGUCUCGCAUCAGCUAUAGCCUAUCUUCACAGUAAGGAUAUAGUACAUAGAGAUCUAAAACUGGAAAACAUAAUGGUUAAAAGCAGCUUUACUGAUGAUAACAAUGAAAUGAACUUAAACAUAAAGGUGACUGAUUUUGGCUUAGCAGUGAAGAAGCAUGGAAGGAGUGAAGCCAUGCUUCAGACUACGUGUGGGACUCCUAUCUAUAUGGCCCCUGAAGUUAUCAAUGCCCACGACUAUAGCCAACAGUGUGACAUUUGGAGCAUAGGUGUCAUAAUGUACACUCUAUUAUGUGGAGAACCACCCUUUUUGGCAACCUCAGAAGAGAAGCUUUUUGAGCUAAUAAGAAAGGGAGAACUACAUUUUGAAGAUCCACUCUGGGAUUCCAUAAGUGAUUGUGCUAAAAGUGUUUUGAAACAGCUUAUGAAAGUAGAUCCUGCUCACAGAAUCACAGCGAAGGAACUACUAGAUAACCAAUGGAUAACGGGCAAUAUGCUUUCCUCAGCAAGACCAACUAAUGUGUUAGAAAUGAUGAAAGAAUGGAAAAAUAACCCAGAAAGUGAUGAGGAAAACAUGGCAGAUGAGAAGAACAACUGGUCCAUUCAAGAAAAGUUCAAAGGUUAUCAAUCCAGCGGGCCCAGCGGAAAUGUCCAGGAUAAUAGUAGCACUUCGGAUGAAGAGGAGGAAAAACAGCCCACUGCGACCAGUAAGAAGGAAAACGUGGACAACUUGGACGCGAAGUGCACAGCUUCCCCCUCUGGCAGACACCUUCUCCCUGGGCUCAAAGGAGAGCCCCCCACGACUGCAGGCCAAGGAGGGGCAACCAAAUCCACUGCGAAGUCCAAUGCCCUCCCCAGAACCAAGAAGAAACUCUAAGUCGCCUUUACCGAUGAAUAGCACCAACCCAGAGCUGCUCUUCCUAGCACUGGAUGAGGGGCCGGGAGGGGAGAGGACAGGACUGUCAGCUCUUUUAGCCUUUCAGCCCCGCUGAGCCCUGCCCUGUGUUGGCACCGGUUCAGACCCACAGCCUGGUAUCUCCAAGGCAGCUCAGGGUGUGGGAGGACCGCCACUCACCUGCUUGAUGGCCGGCUGCGGCCUCAGUCAACUCCAGAGGCUUCUGAGAACUGUUUAGAGGAGCCCAGGCCCUCAAAGCAAGCUGGUGGGCAGACUUGCUCAGUUUUACUUCAAAUUCUUAUAUUUAGGCACCAUUAUUUGUAGGAGAAAAUGAGAGCCAGGCAUGGCGAUGGAGGUUCCAAAUAAUUAUGUGCACUUUGCACUAGAAGAUUUUGUUAGGAAAUCACUAAUAAACUUGCCGUAGGCAUAACAGCAGAAGUGCUUCAGCCCUUCACAUGUGUUCUUGUGAUUUGAGGUUGCUUAUAGAUUAUUUAAGACCAUUUAUUUUAAAUGUAGAAAAAUAGGAGAUUUUGUAACCGCUUGCCAUUAACUUGCUGCUAAAUUCCCAAUAUAUUGAUUGAAUCAAUAAAAAACAGAUGUUACCCA